GGUACCACCUUUACUUCUCUCUCUGCAAUUAUGCUCAUCAUAUUUCUUCCCUAAAACCUCUGCUAGCAUCUUAUAUUAGUGAUUUAAACAGGAAUAAAUUGCUGAAAUAUGACAGGGCUAUGAUGUAGUGGAGAUGGCAUGCCCUGGACGCUACGUUGUUGGACUGGACAUAUCCGAGGAGGCAAUAAAGAAAGCAAAGCAGAUGUCUUCCACGUUACCAAACGCAGAUUAUUUUACCUUCAUAAAGGCAGAUUUUUUCACCUGGCACCCAACAGACUUGUUUGAUCUUAUUUUUGAUUAUACGUUUUUUUGUGCCAUUGAGCCAGAUAUGAGAUCAGCAUGGGCACAGCAAAUCCAAAAUUUUUUAAAACCAGAUGGAGAGCUUAUUACAUUGAUGUUUCCAAUGGAUGAUCAUGCUGGUGGACCCCCGUAUAAAGUAUCAAUUGCAAACUAUGAAGACGUGUUGCAUCCAAUGGGCUUUGAGGCAAUAUCGAUCGCUGAUAAUAAAUGGGCUAUUGAAGUUAGAAAGGGAAGAGAGAAGCUUGGAAGAUGGAAAAGAGCUCUAGGUCAGUCGUCCCUGUGAUAACGAUGGUUGGCUAUUGAGAAGCGGGUGCUUAAGUUAGGAGAUUGAUUUCAUUCAUACAGUUUAUCUGAAAUUGGAAGACAUACAGAUGAUGCAUGUUAUGUUUUAUUUGAUGUCCUCCUUUUACCUUUAAAUAAAAGGGGGAAAAAAAGCAUUGUUUUAUGUACCGAAAUCACCACCGAAAUCACCAGUUAAAGAAGUGUUGCCUGACGAGUAAAUUAAUUGUCGUUGGAUUUCAUGUGGGAAUGGUGUUUUUCUUAAAUAAAGAGUACACCGUACAAAAGCUUACAUAGAAGAUGGUAUUUACAGCGAACGGAUAUACUAAUAUAGAAUGGCAUUUGGCAUUGGAUCGGCGGAGUAAAGUGCCCUGGAAAUUUGUUGGAUUAGAGAUAAAUUAUCGUAAACUAAAGAGAGAAAGAAGGAAAGAAAAACAAGUACUAGUAGUACGACUGACUCCACGAUAGUA